AUGGCUGAUACGCCUCAAAUCGCUGACACCUCGCCCCACGACUGGAAGUACAUCUCAGAAGGAGGCUCGACAAUCGUCUUCUCCUACACCGGUCCGCCACACCCCCAAUUCGACGGAACCGCGCUCCGGCUCCGGAAGGGCCCCGUCCCUGAGCGCGAGCACUCGGAUACAGAGCAGUACCAGCAGCCUCAGUUCUCAGAGACGCACGACCACGCAGAGGAGCCGGACGACCCGACGAUCGUGUUCCAGCGCGCGGUCAUCGAGCGGCUCGUCCCGAGGCAGUUCCUGCCGAGGCUCGACGCCGUGCGCGUCGAGCGCGCCUGGUUGCAGCAGCUGGCGCACUUGACGGAGGCGCAGAGGCCGAAGGAGCGGCGGGCGAAGGACAGGAUCGAUACCGGGCGGAGGAAGGCGGUGCUUGCGACGGACUUGGUUGGCGGGGACGGGUGGGCGGUCGAGAUCAAGCCGAAGUGGGGCUUCCUGCCCGCACGUACGCACCUCUCGGACGAGACGCGCGAGAUCAAGACGCGGACGUGCCGCUUCUGCAUGCACGCGCACCUGAAGAGCACGCAGGGCGAGGACGUCUCGCUCGGGUACUGCCCGCUCGACCUCUUCGCGCGCGACAAGGCGCGCGUCACACGCGCGCUGCACGCGCUGUGGAGCGUCUGGCUCGGGAGCGGGGCCGCGGUGAACAACCUGCGCGUGUUCGUCCAGGGCCGCAAGCUCACGCCCGCCGCCGACGUGCGAGGCCCUGCGCACACGCCCGACGAGGUCCGCGACGCGCUCACGUCUGCGCUCCUGCCCCUCCUGCUCGACACGCCCGUCCUCCGUACCCUGUCGACCCUCCAACGCACCCUCGACGCGCUGGACGUCGAGGGCCUCACCGCGCUCUGGGCGCGCCUCCGCCCGGCCGACGCGGCCGAGCUCGGGGAAGGCGAGGCGGACCCCGACAUGGCAGAAUGGACGCGCUUCGUCGACACGUACCUCUCGCGGCACCCCCCUCGCCCCGAGUCCGCGUCCGCGUCCGAGGCACAGACGCAGACGCGGACACGCGCCUGCCCGCCAGCAGAGGCGGACGAGGACGAGCUCCGGUACCAGCUGCAGGCGUACCUCCUCUCCGCGUCGUUCAAGGACUGCUCCGUCAUCCUGCGCAUGAAGCCUGGACAGGCCGUCGGGCAGGGGACGAUCACCGUGAUCGACCUGGACGUGAAGGGCAUCGAGAGGCUGGCCAAGUGGGCGAAGCUCGAUCGGGAGAUCGUCGACGCCUACAGGGGCAUCCCGCCGAGGGACUGUGUCGAUGCCUGGGCGAUCUCAGCUUAA